AACACGAAACAGAGUGUUGAACACAAAGUUGAAGGUUGAAACUUUUUUGCUACAUAUAGAGGGGACACGCAAGAAGAAGAAUGGACAUUAGGAUGAAGAGAGGACUCGCAAGCUUAAUCAAGACGCCAAUAGAGAGAGGGUGGGGUAAUGGGUUGCGCUGUUUCAACUCUUCUUCUUCGGUGUUGAAGGGCGUCACCACCCCCACUCUGCUUCAGCCCAGAGUGCUUCUCUACGACGCCGUUUCUCACCUCUGCCACCGAGGAGUAAAAUGGGUAAUCAGAGCAGACAAGGACAGAAAGAUCAAAUUUUGUUGCGUUCAGUCUGAUACUGCUGAGCUCUAUCUGAGAGCUUGUGGUCUUGAACGAGAGGAUGUCUUGCACCGCAUUCUGUUUGUUGAAGGCCUGAAUGUUUACUCUCAGGGAUCCACUGCUGCAUUGCGAGUACUGUCGCACUUGCCACUACCUUACUCUGCUUUUAGUGCGCUCUGCGUGAUUCCAUCUCCACUCAGAGAUGGUGUCUACAAUUAUGUAGCAAAACGAAGGUACGAAUGGUUUGGUAAGGCUGACGAUUAUUUGGUUUUGCAAGAGAAAGAGCUGCUUGAGCGUUUCAUAGAUAGGGAAGAACUGAUGAGUCGAGAUAAGGAUUCCUAGUUUUAGCUGCUGCCUGAAGGUAUCAGCCGCAAUUCACAUUCACAAUCAAGAUUUUUUCUUUUGUUAAAAAAAUGUUUAAGAAUUGCAAAUUACACUUGUAUCUGUAGUGAUGGACAAGUAAUGAGUGGCUUAGUUUAAGAAUCAAAUGCUAAACUUGUUAUUUGAUACUUGUCUUGUAUACUAGCAGUCUUGUAUUUGAUCUGAGCUAAGGGAGAGCUUAAGGUCGAAGAAUAGAUUGCUAAAGCACAAGUGCAAAUGUUAAAUCAUGGACGCAUUUUGGUGAGAACUUAUUGUUGGGAUUCUUGGGAACACACGGUGCUUCAAGAGUACAUUAUUUGUUGCUGCAGUUAUUAUUAUGAUAGUAAAUAGUUAGAUAGUUGAUGAGUUAA